CGAGUCUGGCAAGCCAGGCUACUAGGGCUGGGCAAUAAAUCAAAAAGUUGUUAUUGAAAUUUCUCACUCUUAUUGAGACAAUUUUUUCUAUGUCAAUAAAUUUCAUGAUUAAAAAAAUGAAAAGAUGUGUAGGUUGGCAAUGUUCACGUCCCUUUAAGAAGCUGUACCACCUUCAGUCACGUAAAAAUGUGACUCAACGUAAUACAUGUGACAGCUCCAUCUAGUGGACAACUUUUUUUUGCGCAUACCUAUAGUUAUCUUCCAUUUAUCGUUAUCAAGGUGAAAUCCUCAAUAUAUCGUGAUAUUGAUUUUAGGCCAUAUCGCCCAGCCCUAAACCAUAUUAUGCCAAACUCACUUUUUGCAUAAUUUUGUGCUUCCGUGUGGGUAUCUGCUGGCUCUAUAAACACUCCAAAUGUGAAUAAAAUUGUGCAUAAUUUUUCUGUGUUUAAUUUUUGGAGCUAUGUGCCAUAAAUAAGCUUUUUCAAAACAUUCCUCAUUUUGAUGUCACAGUAAGGUUAAUUAGCCUUAAACCACCCAAUGCUGGAGGAGCCAUGGCUCUGUUCUAAACCCCUGCCUCAUUGCAGCCAAUCGGGGGCUUGAUUUUGUUUUUCUUAUACUGACAGAGCCCUAAAAUGGUCUUAUUCUGAAAUGUACUGAAACUGUCUGGAAUAAAACUGCUAAAAUUGCUUCAUGUAGGAGACAUUUUGUGCAGAGAACUAACAUGUUUUGUAUAGACCAUAAAACUGUUUUAAACACAACAACAACAAACAACCUAAUAAUGUAAUAUUAUUGUAUUUCUUCUUCAAGGUUAUUGGGAUAUUUGGUCAAAACUGUCUUUCUAGAUCAGAUUUUAGCUCUUGUUUGGGAAUCACAGAGCCAGUCAGUUACAGUUUUAUUAACAUUUCAUGACUGGAUGUAGACUUUGGUUGAGGUAUCACUGUCAAUAAACCGCUUCAAACACCGGGUUAAAGAUUUCUUCGUCGUGCUUGUAGCUUUCAUGGGUACUGUGGCAGGGUGGAGAAGCGAGGGCCCGGGUGGGAUUCGAUCCUCAGACUCCCGGGUGAGUCAUGCGCGCUAACCAGCCAGCCAUAGGGACACCCCCCCCCCCCCCCCCCCCAGCUAGAGUUUAUGAUCAAUCGGGACACAGUGACAGGACGCUCACACUGCCACAGGUACGAUGCAUAUUCUGGACAAGAAAUUAGCCAGUUUAGUUGUAACUGUUUGGUUCAAUAGGCAGAAGUGACAACAGUUGUAUGUGUCUGAGAAACUACCAGGUCUCACUUUUCCACUUCAUAUGUUGUGCCUCUGCAAGAAUCAGAUCACUCAUCUGGCUCGUCUUGGUAAUUAACAGAGCAGACCUUUGCAUAUUUAAAAAUAAACACUUCUAUUACAAAGCAGCUGCUUGCUGAGAGCAGUUUUGUAACAUGAAAAUAAAUAAAAUGACUUUUUUCUUCUGGAUAUUUGAAACACGGAACCAUUAAACCCAUUGAAACUCUCAUCAAAUACGUUGAUGACUUUAUUGUUUGCGUUUUAAAACCUGAUAAAAAAUUGUUUGAGAGUACAUCGACAAAAGCUUCUAUUCAUAUUUUAGGCAACAGUUAAUCUUUUCACAAAGGAAUGCAAAUAGCUUGUUAUGAGUUGUAAACAAACAAACAACACCUUAAGAUUUCUUCAGCCUGUUGAGAAGUGUGCAUUUUGGUUAAAACCAGGGGGGAAAAGUUUUACACAGUCUCACAAAUAUUAGCUAUACAUGCUGUAGUGUUUUUGCUGUCUCUAACCCUCCUGUGCAGAUUUCCAGACACAGUUGUGUGAGCUCAGCACAUUUUUCAUCAAACGACAACAGACUUAAAUAACUCAACAGCUGUAAGGCAUAUGCUCCUCUGCAGUGGUCGUGUUGGAAUGAUGAAACUACUCUGUCCUAAUUUAACUAAUGCACAAGCAAGGGUUGGGAACAGAGCAGGUUUUUGGUUGGGCUGCACAUCACAGCUUCUGUCGGGGUGGAUCAGUGAUGUCAGCAGGUGAGCUGGUGUUUGUGCUACAUGAUGGAUGGAAGAGUGAUGGACAGGUAGAGGAGAGGAGAGGAUUAACUUUGAAAGGUUGUGAUUUGUAAAGCUGCAGAGAUGGGAGAUUUAUAUUAGACUGCUGCAGUCGCUAGUGGGCGGGGCUUAAUAACCAUGCCACAGCCACACAAUGGGGGAGGGGAGUGUUGUGUGUGUGGCUAUGAUCCCUUCUUCCCCACUCGGGAUUUUUUAUUGUAAGUCAAAGCAGAAAUAGGAGCAUCCCAGCAGCUGGGCAUUUGUCUCAUAUUGACGUCUGCUGUGGGAGGACCCAGAGACUAGUGGUCUGAUAUUUACAAUCAGGUCACAGGUUUCAUACAAAGCUGAUGUCCAGCAGCCAUCAACCGAUCCAGACCACCAGUGUGCCAUUUCUGCUCUACUUCCUCAGCCAAAUGUUUGCUCAUGACUUUCUGGGUUCAGUGGUUUCUCUGUGUGGCCCAAGGCUAAAUGCACUGAAGUACAAUCAUGCUAAUAUGUCAGCAAUAAUGAAAGAAAACGUUUCAAAUCAAUGAGAAUAUGCAUACAUUUGCUCAUCUUAAAACUAUGUGGUGUCUGACAGGUAGCACCUCCAACCCAAGCACACAUAAAAACUAGAAAUGUUGCAUCUAUUUACACAGAUGACACUAAGGAUAUGUUGCUGAUAAAGGAGCAGAACAGAUGAGCGAAAAGGCUUGGUUUCAUCUUUAUUUUUAGAGUUAAAGAACCAAUGCUCCAGAAAAAGAUGAACUGGAUUUACUAGAAAAGAAUACUUUUAAAUAUCGCAGUAUUUCAUGUUAUCAUGCUGAAUUUAUAUUUUCAAUUUAAUAUAUAAUUUUUAUUGAGAAUUUACAUGCAAACACUCGCUGUAUUUCUUUUGUGUGACAUAGUACAAACUCCAACCACUAGGUGGCAGCGAUUUUUACUGCUUUCAGUCUGACAAAAUGAGAUCUCACAAUAACACUGAAUGUGGUCCAAUCUCAAUACUCGCACUGCGGACUCCACCAAAGUGCACUUGGAGAAAGUGCGCUGUGAGGCUUCGAGUGCGUAGCACACAAGUGUGCAAAUAAUUGCCGAAUUGAGACAGGGAGCAUUGCGUCAUCGAUCGCAACACAUGCCGGGAUGCUCGUCGCUGUGAAACUUUUUUCACAAACCUUUAUUAACAACUUUUAAAUUAUGUUUAUUUAUGUUUAUGUUUAUUUAUUUGGCAGAUGCUUUUAUCCAAAGCGACUUACAAUUUUUAACCUAUAGGGCAUGUUGUGAUCUGUGAGGGAAACCGGAGUACCUGGAGGAAACCCACGCAUGCAUGGGGAGAACAUGCAACUCCACACAGAAAGGCCGCCGCCGAGUUUCAAACCUGCAACCUUCGUGCUGCAAGGCAACAGUGCUAACAACUGCACCACCAUGCUGCCCAUUUUAACAGCCCAAAUUAACAGCCAAACAGUUAUUUGAAAUAAAUUUACAUUACAGUGUCUUGGAAGAAUCUGGCCUGAGUAGCCGUUUGAUUCAAACACGUACCAUAUCAUACCAACUUUAUUUCUAUAGCACAAUUUAAAAUACAGCGUGAGAGCUGACCAAAGCGCUGAACAGGCAGUAUCAAUUAGAACAGAACAAACAAAAGCAAUACGGAUCUAAACAAGGCAUCACUAGCUGGUAAAAACAAUAAGAACAGUAGAUAAAACCCAACAGUAAAAACAAUAAAAUGAUAAAAUGAGUCACUGUCUGAAAGCCAAGUCAUAAAAGUGGGUCUUUAAACGAGACUUAAAAACAGGCAUAGAGGAUGCCUGCCUAACUAUAACAGGCAGUGAGUUCCAGAGCAUGGGGGCGGCAUGGGCAAAUGCACACUCACCCUGUGAUUUGUAGCACAUCCAGGGAGUGCAGAGAAGCAGGAGAUCAGCUGACCUCAAUAUGCACAUAGGUUCAUAGGGGGUGAGCAGGUUAGACAAAUAGGAGGUGCUAGGUCAUGUAAAGAUUUAAAAAACAAACAUCAAUAUCUUAAAAAAUACAUGAAAAGUGACGGAGAGCCAGUGGAGACGUGCCAGGACUUGGGUGAAAUGGCUACUGUAGGGUUUGGUAAAUUGAGUGCUUUAAGACCUCAAUAUAUAUUACCUCUACUUAUGACCAAUAAACUGUGAUACUCUAUCUAAAUAUAGAAUAUCAACCCUGCUUGGUCUUUACUGUGUUUAUCAGAAGAUUCUAGGAUUCUUUCUUUAUUAAGGAAUUGUACACACUUCGUUUUGAUUCAGAAAAGAGUCAGGUUUAUAAAAGUAAGAAUUUAUUUUACAAACAAUUAAAACAUGACAAGUUAACUUAGCAUUUACUGUGAUGGAUGGAACCAAAGGUGAUGUAUGAACCUAUUUGUGAAUGCGGUGUUAGUCAGAACUUCCGUAUCUAGGAAAGCUGAGUUCUGGAUGUAAAAUAAUUUGGUUUGCAUUAAGCUAUGACGUUGAUUAUUAUCAAAAGCACAUCAGACGCUAUCUGUGUGUCUACGUCAUCAGUUUUCGGAGAACCUCUUGGUGGAUCUGAAGGUCAGAGAGGUCGGCUGACCUCUGGCACCGAAGGGCUGUAGAAUACCGUGGCACCGACGCUUCAGUCCAGAGAUGUCUUGGGUCAUGACAGAUGGAUGGAACCGCGCAUCUGGGACUCUGAAGGAGUCUAAACAAUAUCAGCUUGUUCUGCAGGAAUUGUUUCUGUAUCAGCUUCGCAGGUGCAAAAAGAUUUUGAUGACGUGUCAAAAACAUUGAUGGGUUAAAGAGGUUUUGCUUCAGAUGGCCGGUCUGAAGCUUUCUCUAGAACUGAGAGAUCACCCGAGAGUGAUCCAGUUUUGAUGUUCUCAUGUUGUGAUUUGUGUAGCCAACCAAAGGUUGACAGGUUUGAGAAAUGUUACCAAGAAACUCAGAAACACGCCUUCUUUGAUACGGAUGCUCUGACUGGUGUAAAGGACUAUUUAUGUGUCAGAGUUUAACUUAACCUUACUUUGUCCUUGUGUGAGUGCAAAUGGUGAUGACCUUGUCAUAUUAACAUGCUGAAACAUAUCUCAAUCACUGUAAUCACAACAUAACAUUCAUUUCAAACUUCAAUCAUUGAGCACAGAUUAAUGAAACAUUUCAUUAUAUUAUAAUUAUUAUAAGUAGCAAUAAACAAACAUUUAUUUAAUGAUUAUCUAGCUUAUAAGUUUUAGAAGUUCAUAUCUGAUUUAGGAAAUCAUUCUUUGACCGGGCUGCGAGUGUUCCUUAUAUGGAGGCAUGAAGAAUCCUGAAAGACUGGACCUUGAGGAGAGAAUGUUAUUGUUGACAUUUUGUUAUCUGUGUGUUAUCUUCAGAGCUGCAGACUCUGAGCUGAUGGGAUGAAGGCAGGCCAAUUUAAAGGGAACAGUCUAGUGUCUCCUUUUUGGCCAGAUGUUGAAUGGUCAAACUGUACCUAAAAUUGACCAUUGCUGGAUGUUACACUACAUUGGCUUGUGUUUGUUAAAAUCCUAGCAGCAGUAUUUUGGACACGUAGCCGGCUAUCCCAUAAAACUCAAAAUUGAAGACCCAAAAGGUCCGACCAAGAUGGAGAUUUGCAAAAUCUGCUUAGUCAGUAUUUUCAUAUGGACAUAUAUAUUCGGAGUUACUGUCCACAUGCUGGAGGGAUGACAAAAAUGUUCUGAUGUCACAUGUGCGAUCUGCGUUAACCCUCACUUGUUUUUACAAGCUCAGUUAUCACUCUUUACUGAAGACCACAGGCAAAGGACGACAUUAGGAACGGUUAUUCUACGUCCAAGGAAUGUUCUUUGGCAGCGACACUAACAAUUCGGGGAACUACUGCCACCUACAGUCUUGGCCACAACGCACCAGAUUUUUCGACUAAAAGCAAGACAGGAACAUGGAUUAAAGAAGCAAAGCUGAGAUGGGUCUCUUCACCCCACUUAUAUUUUGGUAGACUACUCCAGCGUUAUGGCAAGCUGAAUUUGCAUGUAAGCUAAACAUUCUAAUGAAAAUGACUACAUUUACGUUUAUUUUAUUAUGAUUAGAUUUGAUUCUAGUUAUUUAUUCAUCAUUGUAAUCUGGGUUAAAUGUUUAAAUAGCUGGACAAUAUUUUGGAAAUUGCUAAUUAAAUGUAAUGAAAUAAAUGACGGAAAAUGUUGCACCCAACUUGUGCUUUGAUGAGGAGCUAAAUGUGUCAAAGUUUUGUUUUUAAAAUGAUAAACGUGGCAAAAUUUAUCCAUUAUUUAAUUAAUGUGUUUAUUUAAAAUUUGCAUUUUAUUUCUGUGUAACACUUAUGACUGUUUAUACAUUCUGCUUUAUAUACAUGAAUUAGAUAUCUAAACACACACAGACGCACACAUCAUCCAGGUUUUUAGCUCUAUUAAACAUCUCCAAUAAAUUACAUUGUAUCAGACACAUUAAGUCUAGCCUUGUGGCCACAUUAGGUGUCCAGCGUCGGUCUGCAUUACUCUUCAGCACAUUCAUGCUGCCUGAUUGAGUUGGAAACCAAAUCGCUCUGUGUAUUUGUUCAUCUUACAAGCGUAUCAUGCUGUGAAUAAUCCAUCCUCGAGACCCUGCUGGUCCAUAACGCUCAAGAGCUGUAAUGGAAAUUUAAAUAUCAUUUUGUUUUGUAACUCCUUCCAUCUCUGAUUUCUCAAUAUCAGAAGUUAUUCAUAUUGACGGGCCUCUGCUCAGUCUCAUACCUUCUCUGGUGUGAUGGGCGGGGGAGGGAACACAUAAAGACACAUCAUCUUUGAAUGGAUUGACUGUGGGAAAGAUUCUUAACGACAAAUCUACUCUUUCAUGUCUUUUCAAACAACCGUGAUGUAACCCAAUCCAUCUAGCGUUGGACUGCAGAUAAGCGUUUCAAUUAUUGUAUUAUUAUAAAACACCCCCAGCUGUUAGAUGUGAUUUGUUCAUCCUGAUGGCUGAGAGGUCAAGUGGGUUUGAAUGGAGCUCUACAGGGGACCCAGUGCCAGUCCUGUCCAUCUGUCUUUCAUGAUUUCCUGUCAGAUCUGUCUUGUUGUUGAAAGAACACAAGCUACCCUUUACUGAACUUGCCUUUGUGUCACAUAGGAGCACACUUCAGCAGGCAUCAACACAGCCAUGCUACCUCCUGCCGACACUUUCACCUGGGUGCUCCCCAGGCUCCCAUCUCGGCAGAGUUCCCCCUCGGACCCGCCAGCCAGCCCCCUCAGACGGGCUUGGCAGCCCAUCUGCCUCCCACGCACCACCCAACCCUCACUGCCCUGCCCACACCCCCUCAGUUUCAGGACAUGUCGGGGCCUUCAUUCCUACCUCAGGCCUUACACCAGCAAUACCUCAUCCAGCAGCAGCUCCUGGAAGCACAGCACCGCAGGAUUCUCACACACCCCAGAAGAACCCCGGAGCGUAUCCCUCUGAACUCCCACAGACUGCGUUCGGGGUUCGAGUACUCCACUCCCCUCCAUGUUUCCCAGCCAAUAACACAGCAGCCACGGUACCUGGCUGAGGGGACGGACUGGGAUCUCAGUGUAGACGCAGGCCUCCCUCAUCAGUACCAGCUCCAGCAGCUUCCGCAGCACUAUCAGCACUACCUGACCUCCCCUCGAAUGCAUCAUUUCCCCAGGAACACGUCUUCUGCCCAAGUGGUUGUGCAUGAAAUCAGAAACUACCCAUAUCCACAGCUGCAUUUGUUGGCACUGCAAAGUCUGAACCCUUCGAGGCAUGCAACAGCUGUGCGAGAAAGCUACGAGGAGCUGCUGCAGCUUGAGGACCGACUGGGGAGUGUCAGUAGAGGAGCUGUCCAGACAACAAUAGAGAGGUUCACCUUUCCGCACAAAUACAAGAAGAGAAAGCCUCUACAGAUAAAGAUUGGGGAGGAUGAGGAAACCGAUGUGGAUGAGAAGUGUACCAUCUGUUUGUCCAUGCUGGAGGAUGGAGAAGACGUCAGGAGAUUACCCUGCAUGCACCUCUUCCAUCAGGGCUGUGUGGACCAAUGGCUGGCCACAAGCAGGAAGUGUCCAAUCUGUCGAGUUGACAUCGAAACGCAGCUGAACCCCGACAGCUGAUGAGAUUUGACUCCCUGCAGAACGCCCACAUUUGUGUGGUCUGUUUUUUUGUUCUUCGUUUCCUUCCAUCCCUACUCCCUCCUGCCUCAACGCCCGCCCUCGCCUGGUGGGUUCUUUGCCAAAUGUCUCCAGACUUCAUGUGACAUCACAACCUUUCUGACUCAUGCUUUAUUGAGCCAAGCCAGGAACUGCACGAGUAGCUGAGGAAGACUCUCUUUCUGUAGAAGCACAUCCCUCGGGAAGCAAAUGACACGCAGACAAAAACACACACAUGCACUCAUGUACACAGGGUUUACUUGUAGCUUGCUGGUUGUCAGUGGGGUGUUGUUGCAGUUGUGGUGUUGUACUGUAGGUAACCACGGGCUGUGUAGCAUGUCCUCAAAAGCCAUGACUUAAUGUCCUACAAGUGGAAAACAUGGAACUCCACACUGAGCUGGCUACUUUUCUCUCCUUUCUGUCUCUUUCCAUAUAUAGAAAUACAUAUAUAACCAUAUACAUGAAUAUAUAUAUUUCUCUCUUUGAAAAUUCAGUCAAAAUGAAAUUUUCUGCCACAAAACAAGCUUAACAGAUACUUAAUGCUCUGAUGCCGUGUCUACCUGAAGAUCGCCGUGGUCGUCGUAGAGUAGCAGUAACCAAUAAGUGAAAUCUGGUGCACCGACCCUUUCUCGGGGGUCAAGCACCAGCUAGCCAAGCGUUUUGAUCCUAUCAUGCAGCUUUGACUUCUGGCAAUACAGUUGUAGUUUUACCUUGGGUUGUGAGCGGGCCUCUUUCACUGCCUUGGAACCUGGUGACUGAGUGGUUUUGUGUUUCAAAUAGUAGAAAAUAGACAGAAAGUGUACUACCAAAUGCAUCUUUGUCUUGUUGUAGCUUGAAUCUGCACACCGUUUGUGUGUGUAAGGGUGUGUGUGUGUGACAAGAUGAAUGUGUAACAAAUGUUUGGAUGUUGAGCAUUACAGUAUGAGUUCAAGGGAAUUCCUAGGCUUACGUUUAUUUUAGUGUCAUACUAAAAGCCACUGGAGUGCUUUUGCAACAUAAAGCCAAAAAAUAGGAGAAAAAGAAGCUUGGUGUGCAAGGCUAGAGGUGUUAGGAAGAAGUAUUUGGCCCUUACAGAUUUCUUCCAUUUUUGAUCAACAAACACGUUUCUGGUGCAGAUGAAGAGAACCUGAGUAAAAACAAAAUGUGGUUUUCAAAUGAUGAUGAAAAGAAUAUCCAAGCCAAGCUGGCCCUACGUGACAAAAUAAUUGCUCCCUGAAACUAAUAACCCGUUUUUACAUCUUUGGUAGCAAAAAAAAAAAAAAAAAAAAAAAAAACUCCAGGUCUCUCACAUUGCCUUUUUGCAUAAUUCUUUUAAUUCAUCCACACUGGAGGGUUUUACAGCAUGAACGGCCGGUUGAAGCUCACAAGCUGCGUUUCCACUAUAUGAGUUGCAGGGGGGAGGGUAAGUCAGCCGGAGACACGAUGGCUCGGUCUUCUCAGCCAUUGUGUCUCCAUCCUAAAUUUGCCCUUUUAGAACUUUGCUAAGACACCAGCAUAUCACCACUGCUUUGGCAAGUUUUUUUCUGUCAAAGUAUGGCAUAAUUUAAAGUGGUACUUCACAGAAAAUAUAUAUAUUUUUAUUUUAUCUCUGAUUAUAACCAGUAACUCUGAGUUUGACAUGCAGAAUUAACAUGAAAAUAGUCUCCUACACCAAUCUCCUGCAUUAGAUUCUGAUAAAACUCUGGGAUUUGAAAAGCCUGACAGAUCUACGUCACACUGUCACUUUAAUGGACUCAUCCAUCUUGACUCGCAACAGGGAAGGCUGUUGUUGGUUUAACAUCCAGGAAACAAAACAGAUCGUUUUGAUUAGUAGAAGCUGUUAGCAUUAGCAACUCCCCAGCAUGGCAGAACUCCUUCAGGCUUGUGGUAUUUGCGGAGAUAAAACAUCAACUAUGCAAAGUAAACAGUCAGUCAUAGAGCUGUGUUGUUGUUAUCCAACCAGAGGCAGGAGGUCCAAAUAUCAGGAAAUAAGACUGCAAAUCUUGUCAUGCUCAGCGCAACUCUGAUCUGGCUCACUUCUAGUUCCUGAAACAGGCACAGAUUCCUUUUCUCCUCACAUUUUGACUUACAAGACAUUCAUUCCUGCUAGAGACCACUGCAAAUGUAUUACAAAUAUGAGUAAAGUUCAUCUUUUUCCUGUUGCAUUGUUCAGUUUUGGGAAUUUUGUAACCGGAAUUUUAAAGCUGCUUAAUUCUUAGCCUUCCCUUCUGCCUCAGCGGCAGCGCUUUCAUUUUUAUGAAUGCAUGUGGUUUUGGCAACGUCUGCCAAAGUCUUUUUCUUGUGAGUUACAAGCAGUUAACGUGAGUUAACUAAAAGUUCUGCUGAGUGACUUUACCGGGCUAUUGCAAAUACCUGCAGCAGGUGCUCCGUUGGUUCCUGAAAAUGGCUCGGAACAUGAUCCUUUCAUCUGGCCUAAAAAUAAGAAGACAUUAGCGUGUUCCAAAGUUCCGAUAAAAUUACUCCGAAGUUCCGAUAGUUGUCCAAUAUUCUUCUUCAGGGUUUUCUGGUGGAAAACAGAAUUGAAUUCAACGGUUACAAUUGCAGCAAGUCCUCCGUGUCCUGAUGCAGCUUUUAAUUAGACCUUUUUUUACUGAUAUUUGACAUAAUCUUAAUUACAGAAACCAAUAGCAAUACUUGUAAGGUUCUCCUCACAAAAAAGAAAAACUAAAAGAUUUUAGGUUACUACCACCAAAUAUCUCCUAUCAUGCAUACAUUAUUUGUGCUACACAUGACAACUACUUCACUUAAGACAAUUUAAAUUAGACCGGUUGUGUCAAACAAACAAAUAUUUCAGAAACUAGACCUUUUUUGACUUUUUGAGUGAGAGGAGUAGUGAAAUGUUUGAUGAAUAACAUGUGCAUGGUAUGUGAAGAUAGAUUGUGUCAUUAAAAGUGUUAAAACCAUUCCUCAUUAUUUCCAAUUUUAGUGCCAAUAUUGGUAGAAAAUAUGGAUCAACUUUACUUUUUACAUCAAGUCACUGGAAAAGUGCAUUUUGUGUUUACUCAGGUUAUCUUUGUCUGCUAUUACCAUUUGUUUGAAACAUUUAAGUGUGGCAAAAAAGCAAAAACAUAUGAAAUCUGUGCUGGAGGAAGCAGCGCUGUUUGUCCUACCUGAGUGAGUGACAGGACAAAGGACGCUCAAAAUGCAUGUUUCAGUGUUGACUCGGACUGUCAGCUUUGGUAGUGUUACAUCAAAUUUAAAAGGGUACAGCAGUUCCUGUGCAUGAUUUAGGUAAUCUAACUCUCUUUUCUAAACAUAAACAACAACUAAAGAACGUCAGCAGCUGCUCUGCUGACCUGUAGCUUGUCUUUAUCCUGUCCCCUCUAGAUGGGAUCCUUUCGAUGUUUACCUUAUUGCCUGAAGAGCAAGCACAUGUGAUGGUAGUUAUAGCAACAAAACCCUUUUUCCCUUGGUAUUGCAGUUGCAUUGGUUUAUAUUUAGGUCUAGAUUCACACAGCGUUUUGGUGCGAGAGGAGCUUUUGAUUUGGUGUAUUUGUGUGACCGGCCUCCCUUCAUGGUUGCUAUGCUGUGUUACUAGAACGUGUAGGACGUGACGCGACGGAGGCAGCCUCCCUCUCUCAGUGCACAAAGACACGAGACUGAGCAGCAGCAGGAGCCCAUUCAGCCCGGCACAUUGAUUCCCUCGCCACCUUAUUUUUUGAAUUUCUGUUCCACAGAUCUGUGUGUUGCAGGAUGCCUUCAGGAUCGCCUCCGUCCCACGCACUGUGAUAGUAAAGUCAAUCCUUGUCCCUGUCUUGUGCACUGCCAGUGUUGACACUGCCUCCUCCUGUAGUGGAGUCAUCAGUGAUGAAGUUGUCAUAGUUUACACAGGGUGUUGUCAGUUGAGAUGCCUUAAGUAUUUAACAAUCAUAAUUUAUUACUAAUUGUAGAUAUUGUGGUACGUGUUUAAGUUUUUUUCAAUAGACUUUUUUAUUUGGAAGCGACUGAAUCAUAAUUUAUUUAGAAGUCAAUCAAAAACGUAUGAGAGAAAAAAAAAUGAUUACCUCAUUUUUGGUUGUUCAAAACGGGAAUGCUUUGCAUGCAGUUGUACUUUUCCAAAACUUUAAAAAGGGAAAACUAUAUAUAUAUAAACAUAUAUAGUCCUGCUAGUUGAUUUCCACAAGCUGGCUGUGUGAUGUUUACUGUCCAAGACUGAGCUACUGAGCCGCUCUCUGUCUCUCUGUGGUGCUGUGGAUCUUAGUUACAUUCCAUUCAAUGCAACUUCUGUCCCCCAUGCUGUGAUGUGGACAAACUGCAAUGAAGUGAACCGGUCUUUAGUUUGUGUAUUGUUUUUCUUUUUACCAAUUCCUUUGAAUUUUGCACUCACUUGUUUAAAUAUCGGAACCCUCUCACUGGCCCCCAAAAAAAAAGUAAGUAGCCUAGCUGAAUUAACUCCGUUUCUUAAAGCACGCUUUGGUCUUAUAGACUCUUUUUGUCUCUUUCUUUUAAAUCUCUUUAUUUUUCAUCUUUCUGGUGUUUCCUUUUGGUUCUUUUUCCUAAAUAAGUGCCUCGCUUUAGGUGUUAGGAGACAUUUCUGGGUUACUGACACCACUAACAAUCAAUCCAUGAAGCCACCAUGCCUUAUAGGUUGCAUUCAAGAAACACAAGACAAGAUUUGACAGUGGCAAGCCAUUAUAUUACAAAAUAAUAAUGAUCAAGUCAGACUGUUUAAAACAGUUAGAUUUGAAUUUAUAGGGACAAGGAAGAGGCAUUUUUCACUGUGGGCUUUAAGAAUACCAAGCUAAUCUUUCUCCUUCCCUUUUACGUUUGUUUUUAUUUCUUCCUUUUUUCUGUCCGUCCUAAUUUUCUGUUUCUUUUCUUGGUCUAAGUAGAAGACAAUAAUUACAAAGCACAACUUUUUACUAAAACUGCAUGUUUUCUCAGGUUCCAGUGUACUAGUGUAUGGUGAAAAAAUGUGCACAAAAAUAUUUAAGAAAUAAAAAGUGUAGAAAUUUUGUUGCUGCUUGAAUGGGAAACACUAAACUGAAGAGAAAAAUUUGCCAAAAAGUGCCAGUGAAAGGGCUGCCGCCAUCCUCGUAUGAAAAUCUGCUGUUUAGCUGUGACUGCGCAUUAGUUUUCAAUAUAGCAUAUUUUAUGUGAAAAUAAACGUAUUUAUCAUUAAUAAUAAAGCAAUAGCGCAUUAACAGUGACGAGUGUGUUGAUGAAGAAAUGAAUGAGCCUUUUAUCUGUAGAAUCACAUUUAGUGGAGUUUGUACUUAAUUUAUUAUUCCUACUAAUAAUGAUUUAAUGAUCUCAAAGUUUGCAUUGCUAAACCCAGUUAUGUUUUUUUAUUUGAUCUCAUGGCUCAUAUAUUAUCCUUUUAUAUGUGCUCUUUUGUAAUAAACUGGAUUCAAUGAAAA